UUUGGUUGCUUAGAAAAAAACUAUGCGUGGCAAAACAGAACAUUUUCGAAAGAGAAAACAGUGACAAAAGCAAUGACGUCACGAUGCCCCGUGAUAAUAACUCCCACACGGCAUCGUUUUCGCAUUCACUGCCCCCAAAUGUGAUCGUUAUCUUCCGUUGACUCAUACGAGACAAAAGUCUCUCUUUGACUUCUCAUACAAUUGGAAAAUUUCCGAGUUUUCUUCUUAUGAGUUUUUGACCCAACAACCAAAAUCGAAGAAAUUCAAUUUCAACUUCCCAAUCGUGUCUCCUUCCUUGUUUCUCUUACUCUAUCACCAAAUCCAUUUCAAAGAGAGAAAAAAAAAAAAAACAGAGCAAAAGAUCAAAAACCUUACACAAAUGCUGUCUUGUUCUAAAGCUUAAACACUGAAACCAGAUGCCGAUUCUAACUCUUCUUCUUCUUAUUCUUCCUCUGGGUUUUUUUAUAAACCCUUCUGUUUCAGACUCGAGAGGAGCGACGGUGGCUCAGAUAUGCAGCAACAGAACAACACCGCCGCAACAGAGAAGUCUCUUCGUCAAAACUUUCCUUGCCGCUAUGGACGCCGUAUCUCCACUUGUGGAAGCUAAAGGUUAUGGCCAAGUGGUCAACAACGCAAACGGAAAUCUAACCGUCUACGCUUAUGGAGAGUGUAUAAAAGAUCUUAAUAAGAAAGACUGUGACUUGUGUUUCGCUCAGAUCAAAGCUAAAGUCCCUAUUUGCUUACCUUUCCAAAGAGGUACUCGUGGUGGUCAAGUCUUCUCAGAUGGUUGCUACAUCAGGUACGAUGAUUACAAUUUCUUUAACGAGACCUUAGGCUUGCAAGAUCGGACAGUUUGUGCUCCAAAGGAGAUAACCGGAGUAAACCGGACGGUAUUCCGGGAUAACGCUGCGGAGUUGGUGAAGAACAUGAGUGUGGAGGCGGUGAGAAAUGGUGGAUUCUAUGCUGGUUUUGUGGAUAGACAUAAUGUGACGGUUCACGGUCUGGCUCAGUGUUGGGAGACUCUUAAUCGUAGUGGUUGUGUUGAGUGUUUGAGUAAAGCUUCAGUGAGUAUUGGUUCUUGUUUGGUUAAUGAAGAAGGUCGAGUUCUUAGUGCUGGUUGUUAUAUGAGAUUUUCUACUCAAAAGUUUUAUAACAAUUCUGGAAAUUCCACAUCAGAUGGUAAUGGUGGUAAGUAGAAUAAGCUUGAAAUGU